AUGGCGGAACAAGAAGAGCUCUUCCUGCGUGGCAGCGGUACCAUAGCGCACUUGUCGACCACGCGCACCAUGCCCCUCCAGGUCCUCGCUGCGGUCUUCAAGGUAGGAGCGUAUCAACGACAUAGCCUCGAGCUCGGUUACAGCGACGUGAAGAAGCUCGAGCGAGGCAAGGCGUCUUCGCAGCGGUUCCGCAUGAAGCUCAAUGCUUGCUUCCAGUCCAAGGUCCCCCAGAGCCUGCCGCCAAGCAUGCUCUUUAACGGAACCUCUGAGAGCGAGCGAGGCGAUCCUCACGAGGGGAUGGUUUGUCAAGCUGACAUGACGGUCUGUUUGAAGCACGAUGCGUAUCUCUCUGUCUUGCUCCAGACCGUGAUAGACAACCCAGCGAGCGACGUCAUAGCAGUCAUGCCGGGCCCGGCGGGGUCGGCGGAUUACAAGCAAGUACAUGUCAAACAGCACGAGUACAUCUCGUUCGAGAUGGCAGAGACGCCAGACAAGGUGUGCGAAAAGAUCUACCAGCUCAGCCGGCUAUGUCACGUUCUGAAGGAGGAGUUUAUCGGAGAGCAAGCGAGGAUUGCAGCUACGGGGAUACUGGUGAAUGGCAAGAGAGAAGACUUCGAGCUCGGGGCUGAGGUAGUGAGAUCGUUCUUGUCAGAGGCCAAGGCUGAUCCCGACCUUUGCGAGCUUUUCGACUGGCAAGUGCCCAUGUUUGUGUGCUAUGCUCCCAUUCGAACAGAUCUCGAUGCCAGCAGGUCAGAAAUCGAGCUCCUCAGGAUGGAAGUCGCUGACAUGAGAUCAAGAGACAAGGCCCUCAGAGCAGAGCUCCUCAACGGACUAGCAGCAUACAUGUCGGACGACUACUUUCAUUGCAAGGCUGACGCCAUGAAUGCGCUUAACGAUCUCUCUAUGACUACCUCAAGGAUGAGACCAAGUGAUGUAGAAGCGCGAUGCUGUAAGGCUGCCGUCAGCUUGCGCCGGGACCCAGUCCCUGGCACAGUGCGGGAGGAGAGACAUAGUUUGCGAAUAGCUUGA